AUGGCGGCUUUGUGGACUCUCUUGUUCUGCCUGGUUUGGCCUGCAUGUUUGGCCCUGACCCCCCCUGCUGAGCUCCCUCAGCCCCACAACCUGCCCCCUGUGCUGGGUAUGAAUAGCAGUGAUGGCAGCCCGUCUGUGGAUGUGCCAAUGGCUCUGAGGGUUUUCAGCAUGGACUAUCACCAUGUGCAGGCUCCCUUUGAGAUCGUGCUGUGGAUCAUGUUGGCCUCACUGGCCAAGCUGGGUGAGCUUCACUUGGUUUUUCCACUCAUACUGUAAAUUAAAUAGGAGAUUAGAUGAUGGAAAAGUUGGUUUUAUGUUAUUAGAGGUGUAGACUCUGAAGUGAAUUGUCCAUCAUCUGCUCUGAUACUUGAUCAAAUGUAUGGUUAAGGUUAUGUAGUCUAUUAUCCUAGAUUUUAUGUAUUCAUAUUUAUUCUUAGAUGUCAUACUUCUUCAACACUAAGAAGCUCUGAGAGAAAAACAAUCAUGCAAACUAUAACUUCAUGGAUUUCUGACCCUAAAAGUUUCAGAUUUUGUUCCUUUUUUAGGGUGUGAUGACUGAAUAAAGGCCUAUUGAAUUUAAGUUUGAAUGUAGACUAUGUGUAUUGAAUUAUUAACACAUGCACACCUGUCUGGAGGGAAACUCCUGAAGUUCCUGUGAAAUGUAAAAUGAUUGUCUCUGUCCCUCAGGUUUCCACUGGUCAGGUCGAGUCCCCGCUGUUGUCCCUGAGAGCUGUCUCCUCAUCAUGGUGGGCCUCCUGGUUGGAGGGGUGAUCUACGGCGUUCGCCACUCAGCUCCUCCGACUCUCAGCGCUGAUGCUUUCUUCCUCUUCCUGCUCCCGCCCAUCGUUUUGGAUGCUGGAUACUUCUUGCCAGGGAGGCUGUUCUUUGAAAACCUGGGCACCAUCCUCUGGUCAGUUGUACUUCAGUAAAUGUGUGCAUGCUGGAGUUCAUCUUUUUGUAAAAAGUGGCACACUUUUCUUUUCUUAUUUUUCUCUAUUUCUAAAGCUGAGAUUUGUUUUAAAAUUAAGUUUGAAUUCCCCCUGCUGGAUUUCAGUUUCUCAAUGUCUCAAAGCAGACAGCGGUAUUUUGGUCACACAUAAAGAUUUAAAAGCAAAACAAUGUUUUUAUUUUCAGUUUCAUUUUUUAGUAGUAGUAGUUUUACCCAAGAGAUGGUACAUUGUUGGUUAUUAAUCAUGCCAGUCCUGACUGAGAUUUCAUAACCACUGAUGAAAAGCUACACAGUUUUGAUUUUGGUGACCAUCUAACUUCAUUCAGUGUUGUUAUCAGGUCAAAUGUGUCCAGAUGCUUAAAAAUGAAAUAACAUUCUGGUAUCAUUGUUUUGUCUUUAGCAAGUUUUUGCCUGCUAUAAUAUUACCUUAAGGGUAAUCGUGGUUGACAUGUUUGUGGACAUUUACACUCUAACUUUGGAAGGGUCAGCAUGGCAUCAACAAACAUACAAGUGCAUCUGAGCAAAAUUAAAUAUCACAAAAGAGUUAUUUCUGAGGCUCUUUUACCACAUAUCACUGCAUCAUUAUAGUGUGGCCUGGAGCCCAACACUGCUGAGGUGUAAAGCCCGGGUUGCUUUGAUCGCGGUCUUCAGCUCAUCUGUGUUUUUGUGUUUUGGGUUCUUCUCAUCCUCCUCUUGUCAACACCCCUUAGAGUCUCUAUUGGGCUCAGGUCAGGCCACUUGACUGGCCAAUCAUGCAUGGUAGUAUAAUAGUUGGCAAACCAUUUGGUAGUAGUUUUUUUAGGCACUAUGGGCAGGUGCCAAGUCCUGCUGGACGUAGAUCAACUAAGCAGCAAUCCCGCUCUUCCUAAGCCCAGAUAAGAGGUUUCUGGCAUUGUCUCUAGUUCAGGAAUGGCUUAAUAUCAGGAAUGUGACAGUUUUAGCCCCUUCCUGAGGACAUCUGUGCGUGGCAGCACUUACAUCAGCCUCAGUGAAGCUUUCCAAAGUUUUCAUGUCAACUUUUCUUAACAGUGAUGACCACAAUCUUGACUCUCAAUGUGGUCAUCCCUGAAGCUUGUGCAUCUUUGCCUUCCGGUCAACUUUCCAUUAAUAUCCUUCGAUACAGCUUUUUGCGAACACCUGGCCUUUUCAGCAAUGACUCUCAGUAGCUUUCCUGUCUUGUGGAGGGUGUGGAUGAUGGUCUUCUGGACAACUAUCAAGUCAGCAGUUUGCAUGAUUGUGUCUGCAUCUAACUUAACAUUUGAAGACUUUUUAUCUGUAGGCCAUGGUUGUCCAAACUGAACAGGAAAAUACUUUGAAUGAUUUAGUUUUUAUGUAGAAAGUCAAGAACACGUCACCUUUUUAUUGUCUCAAAAACUAAUGCAAAUAGAGCUUUUGCAGGAUCCCCUUAUUUGUAAAAGCAUCAGUUAUCAUUUAGCAAAGUGUAAGAUUAUAGUGGAGACCCAGCUUCAGUAACCUUCUGCUGAGUGGAGAAUUCAUUCAUUGUUGUAAAUUUGAUGCCCUUCAGCCUCGCCAUGCAGGUUCUUCCCCUCUAUUUUCAUUUGCGUCAUCCUGAGACAUCAGGCGACUGUUUUCAGUUAAAAUCUCUUAUAUGUUUCUUUGAGGAAUCAACAAGGUGUUUUACUGCAGCUUAUACAUGCAGAGUUGUGCAAAUUAGAACCAGAAGUAGAGAAAGGACAAUAAUGCAUUGACACUUAUCAGAUAUCCAGGUUUGACUGCUGUUUUUUUGGCUGUUUUACUGUUUAGCAACACUUUUACUAUAAAACUGAGACCAUACAUUUUGUAAGUGUCCUUUUUAGUGCUCACUAAAUAAUAGUAAUCACUGCUGGUCAAAGCAAAAGAAAUAUGUUGUGUUUUUGUCACCAUUGUUAUUGUUUUUAGUAAUUACACCACCUUUCUAUCAUUCUCCUCCAGGUAUGCAGUGCUGGGAACCUUGUGGAACGUUCUGGGCAUCGGCUUGUCCCUGUAUGGCGUGUGUCUGCUGGCCCAGAACUCUCUGGGUGAUGUGUCUCUGCUCCACUGCUUGCUGUUUGGCUCUCUGAUAGCGGCCGUGGACCCCGUGGCCGUGCUCUCCGUCUUCCAGGAGAUGCAUGUGAACGAUCAGCUUCAUAUCCUGGUGUUUGGAGAGUCGCUGCUCAAUGAUGCUGUGACUGUGGUGAGGGGAGGGAAGGUCACCAGCUGUGUCUCAGAAUCAAGGAAAAUACAGUAAUAUUUGCAUGAUACGUCUCUCCUCUUACAUGCAGGUGCUCUACAAGCUGUUUGAGUCCUUCCUCCGCCUGCCCACAGUGUCAGGGCUGGACGUGCUGCUUGGGGGCUGCAGGGUGGUUGUAGUGGGUCUUGGUGGCCUGUUUGUGGGCCUCUUCUUUGGUCUGUUGGCAGCUCUCACCUCACGCUUCACCUCCAGAGCUCAGGUCAUUGCCCCGCUUUUUGUCUUUCUCUACUCCUACCUGUCCUACCUGACCUCAGAGAUGCUCCACCUUUCUGGGAUCAUGGCGUGAGUAUGACUUCACCCCAAAUCCAUGUUUGGAAGUGACCAGCACACCAACAUUGAGUUAUAGGUCAUAUUUUUCUCCUUUUAUUUGCAGCAUUGUCACCUGUGCCGUGACCAUGAAGCAGUAUGUGGAGGCUAACGUUUCAGAGCGCAGCAACACCAGCAUCCAGUACUUCCUAAAGAUGUGGAGCAGCGUGAGUGAAACCCUCAUCUUCAUCUUCCUGGGUGUGUCAACAAUCCAGGAUGUCCACAUGUGGAGCUGGCCCUUUGUCUGCUCCACUCUGCUGCUCUGCCUCAUUUGGAGGGCCUCAGGUAGCUUUAGUGUUCUCCUGAUGUAUCGGUGAAGCUGUUGGCCAGGGGGGCGCUUGGUUAAAAUGAUCAAACCUAACGAAUCAAUAUGUGUCCCUGCCCUGAAGGUGUCCUCCUGCUGACUGCUGUGGUGAACAAGCUCAGGAGGAAUGCUGUGACCUUUAGAGACCAGUUCAUCAUUGCCUACGGAGGCCUGAGAGGGGCAAUCUGUUUCUCUCUCGUCUUCCUGAUCGAUGAUUUCCCAAAGAAGAGACUUUUCAUCACAACUACGAUUGUGGUCAUUCUCUUCACCGUCUUUGUACAGGUGUGACAACAAAACUCCUUUCAAAUUUUGACAAAACACCACCUCCCUAAAGUUUUUUUUUGUAAUGUUUGGUUACAUUUUUUCAGUUUGUUGUGUUUGUUUGCAGGGAAUGACCAUCAAGCCUCUGGUAGAGCUGCUGGAUGUGAAGAGAAAGAAGAGAGCUUUGCCUACUGUCAGUGAGGAGAUCCACAGCAGGGUGAGGGGGAUCAGAAUUGGGAGAAGAUAUGUCCAUAAUUUGAUCAUAUACAAAGUAUCACUUAAAAAGUAAUGUACGACCUCAAUUCAGCUGGAUAAGUUGAAAGUUUGCAAACUACUUAAAGACAGUUUUAAAAAAAAGAAAUAAUCAAUGCUGACAUUAAAAAAUGUUUCAGAAAAAUAUUCACUCAUUUUUAUCUAAUGACAGCAACACAUAUCAAAACAGCCAGAUCAGAUCAGUGAAUGAGAGAGAGAGAGAGAGAGAGAGAGAGAGUGAGAGAGAGAGAGAGAGAGAGAGAGAGAGAGAGGAGCUAACCUUGAGCUGAUCCUAUUAGCUUGCAACAAGUUAGUAACAUGACUAGGUGCAGUGUUCCUCAGGGUAUAAUUGUGAAGAAAUAAGGAUUUACCAACCAUGAUACACACUAUUAUUCAAAGAUGAGGUAAAAUCGCAGUUCAAAAAGGAAAAGGCUGAUAAAUGAUACUGGAUAGCUAUGAUCGCUGAUCCCUCUGGAAGCAUUGCAUUAAAAACAGUCAUGACUCUGUAGUGGAACUCACCAUAUUGGCUAAAAUCACAUCAAAAAAUCAUCAGUUUAUCACUUCAUCCACAAGCACCGGUCAAAAGAGCAAAAAAGUGCACCAAGCACAGAUUCAUGACAGAUCCUUGAGCUCCAAAAAGAGGAAGGACCACUGCAAAGGCCAGCGUCCCUUAAUCAGGCUCUUUAGGUGGUGCAAAAUUAUGAGUGUCUGGGGACAAUUACUGACAAUGUCCUGACUUUUGAUGCAAACACUGACACCAUAUGCACAAAGACCCACCAGUGUAUGCACUUUUAUCUGAGUUUUAAAGUUGACAGCUGUUUUAUGAAAAUGUCCUACUCUUGUUUUAUCAAAUCUAUUUUAACAUUAUUACAACCGUAUUGUAGCUGUUUUUAGAUCACUUUUAUUUUUAGUUAUUAUUCAACUCUAGAGUGGAAAUUUAAACAUUUCAAUUUUAUACUUGUAAAAAUCGUGCUGUUUACAGAAAGAGUUUAAAGAGUAAUAAUAGUAAUAGAGUAAUAAAGCUAUAUGAUAAAUUUACCUAUUUUUUUAUUGAUUUUUUUUUUCCUCUGAUAGGAGAAAUGGACAAAAUAGAUGAUCUGAAGCAUGAAAACUAAAGAAGAAGAAAAAAUACAAAAAAUAACGAGAGAAACUCCUAAAUGAAACUUUAACACUGUGCCUCCUUUUAGCUCAUUGAUUACCUGCUGGCAGGAAUAGAGGACGUGGUUGGCUACUGGGGACAGCACUACUGGAAAGACAAGUUAGUUUUUUAUGUUUUACCUUUAUUUUCUGUGCUCAGAUUUCUGUGUCUAAGAAUUUGAACCUGAGAUCACCUGUAGGUGGCAGCAAAUACCAGAUUCAAAAGUUCUCAGUUAUGGUCCUGGUUCGGGACGACAGUAUGUCUAUUCAAUCUACUGUGGUGUUUUAUAACUGUGUAUGUAUGAGGUUUGAGCAGUUCAACAGGAAGUACCUUCGCCGUUUCCUCAUCCGUGAGGAUCACCAGGCUCGCUCCAGCAUCCUCAGAGUCUACCAGGAGCUGGAGAGGAGGGAGCAGAGGGGAGAUGAAGAGACACCCCCUCUGUAAGAAAACUAUUUUUAGCAUUAUUUGUUCUCUCUUUUUUUGUGGCAAACAUUAAGGACUUGAAUUAGGAGAAUUUAUUGUCUGUGUACCUUAAUCUUUUUAAAAUAAAAUGCUUCAUAAUGAUUAAAGUGUGCCUCUGAAAUAUCUUCAUCUAUUCUGCCAUGCAGGAGUUCAUUUAUUGAAGAGUUCUUUCAUUGCCUCUCUAAACUCUGUGUGAACUUCAUAUUUCUGUGUCUCACAUAUUUCAGAGUGGACCCUCGCUCCCACAGCCGCCCCCUCUUACCAGGAGAGAUGGACAGCAUCAGGCGUAUUCUCUCCAGAAACCUCCAAAGCUUCAACAACAAGGUAAACUCACAGUUUGGUCUUAGUUUGGGGAAUCACUUGACAUGAACCAAAGUUAUGUCUUGUUAAUCUACUCUUCUGGAUGAUGUUUGUUUGUUAUUCCAGCAGACACCAGCCUACAGCAGACACACUCUGAACCAGGACGCCAACAAGGACAGAAUGAGAAAGCCCCUGCACAGACAUCAGAGUCUGGGAGAGAGAUACACUUUCACCCAGGUGCUUUAUUUUAGCUCAUGAUACAUACAGUAUGAGUUAAGGUCAAGUUUCUGUUUCACUUCCUGUGAACAAACAAAACAGACAAACUAGUAACAUGCAUUUUUUGUUUGUAUUGAGUAGCUAUGUAAAAUGCUCCCAAAAUAUAUGUGCUGAUCAUUUUUUUGAUGGUUAAAGCUCAACAAUGAGGAACAUACUUGUCAUGCAUUGCAAGACUUUUUGUCCUUGAAGGCCAACAUUGCUUCACUGACAAAAAGAAUGAGCAAAGCAGUGUUUCAGUCCUAGAUCUAACCACUAGAUACCCCUAAAAUUUUUCACUUCUUGCUGUUUCCUCUUGAGGCUGGCUGUAAAAGCACUGGAAAGCACGUCUUAGCUUGGUUCGAAACCAGUUUUGGUCUGAAUAGCUCAGGGCUCCCACAGCACCGACUGUACAGUGAGAGAUUUUUUUCUUUUGUGACACAUUCAUAAUGGUUGUUAAGGUUACAAGAUCAGCAAAUCAGAGGCAGGACUAACUUAGUAGCCAGAGGGGCACACUGUAGCUAUCUGAAAGGAAGCUAAAGGCCUGUUUCUGGGAGGUUGACUGAAAUUUAGGUUGAGUAAUCAUUUCCAAUAUGGUGAUGUCUGCCAGUAGACGUCAAAACUUCAGAAACAAAUUGGUGACAUUUGUCCAUUUAUUAUACAGUCUAUGAUUAUUACACACUGUACCUUUAAACUUCAUACAAUAAAGAAAAGGUUGAGCUCCCAAAGUACAGCACACCGUAUUCAUCCUUGGGCUAAAAAGGCAACUUGAGAUCACUUUUGAAAUUGUCCGACAAAAUCCUCCUUAUACCUGUUUAAAAUAUUUACUUGCUACACUUCCUUUAGAUUGAAGCACAAAGGAAAAGGAAUAUGAAUUUAAGAAAAAACAAUCUCAGUAUCACUCUAGAAGAGACAAGAGCUUUUUUGUCAAGUCAAUGGUCCUGUAUUUGUUGCAAAGCAAAAGGUCAGACAGCAUCAAUAAGUUUUUGAAUCAAUGUUAUUUAAAAUCAAUGUUACUUUUUGGAUUUUGGAUUACACUUGCGAUUAUUCUGCACCAAACAUGUUUUCAUGUGUCCUUUUAUUGUAGCAGGCAGAGGAUGGAGAGUUCAGCGGCUCAGGCAGACCAAGAAAAGGACUCAGCAGGUCUCACACAGGUAAAAUCACCAUUAGUCUGUAAAACCAUGUUUUAGAUAAAGUAUGGACACUCGUGCAGACUAAGCGUGUGUAUGUAUUCAUGUUUAUGGAUGUUUUUUAGAAAGCAGACAGUUAUUGGUCAACAUAGGGGCUGAAGACAAAGAAUAACAGUAUAUGCCCAUACAGUCAGCAGUUUAAGUUUUGUCUCUCCACUCCUGGUCUUAUUUUUCUGAACUUCUGUUUUGUGUGAAAAACUUGGAGACAUAUUAUCAGACCACCCUUUGCCUCGCUCUACCUCCUGACCUUUGACCCUGACAGCUCUGCUUUGGCAUUUCUGCCUCUGCCCUCUUUGCUCUCUCUCAUUCCUCUCUCUGCAGUGUGCUCCAUAAGCCCGAGGCCCGUCUUCCAGGAAACAUCAGUCUCACCAGCUUCAGCUCAGACUGCAGAAACUCCAAACUCUUCUUCUACUUCCAGAGAGGACCCGGUCUCUGUGCAGAACCAAACCACUGUGGGAGGAGCCCCCAGGAAACACCUGAGCUUUGUUUUAGAGAAUGAGGAGAAGUAAUGAGUAAAGACUGUGAGAAAGAGAAGAGCAGAGGAGAAUAAAUCAAAGAAUUCAGUGUGUUAGGUCACUUUAGGAUGGCUUCAUACUGUGAUACCUGGUAUUUAUUCAAGCAGGGAGCUGUGGGCUUGAGGAGUGUUUGAUAAAAGGCCUCGCCAAUUUCAUGGAUAACCUCCAAUUAAAGCUGUGGAGUGCAUGAAAAAAACUUCAUCCUCUGGUUUUAUCAUUACGAGUGUUUUCCAGCUUCAAUAAAGCUCCUCUUCCACCUCAGGAGAACCUUUGCUGGAGGUCUCAGAGCCA